AGCAGAACAUGUGUCAGGCCGCGCAUGCGCACUUCUCCAACACGUGUGCCGCGCACAGAACUUCUGCAAGAGAAAGUUUGAGUGUGUCUGGGCAGAGCAGAACCGGGUCGCGUCAGGACGAUGCCGCCGACGGUUUAUCAGAGUUCCGCCGCCGGAAGAGCGCCGUCUCUCCGGGAUGAGCUGACAGGGCUCCUGCAGCAGAGGAUUCUGGUUCUGGACGGUGGAAUGGGAACGAUGAUCCAGCAGAGGAACCUGGAGGAGGAGGAUUUCAGAGGUCAAGAGUUCAAGGAUCAUCCCAAGAGUCUGAAGGGCAACAAUGACAUCCUGAGCAUCACCCAGCCGCACGUCGUCUACAGCAUCCACAGGGAGUAUCUGGAGGCCGGAGCCGACAUCAUCGAGACCAACACCUUCAGCAGCACCAGCAUCGCUCAGGCUGACUACGGCAUGGAGGACCUGGCGUAUCAGCUGAAUAAAGCGUCUGCAGAACUGGCCCGGAGAGCUGCGGAUGAUGUCUCUGCACAGACAGGUUGUAAGCGGUUUGUAGCAGGAGCCGUGGGUCCCACCAAUAAAACGCUGUCAGUGUCUCCAUCGGUGGAGAGACCCGACUACAGGAACAUCACAUUUGACGAGCUGGCGGAGGCGUAUGCGGAGCAGGUGAAGGGUCUGCUGGACGGAGGCGCUGAUGUUCUGCUGGUGGAAACCAUCUUUGAUACAGCGAACGCAAAGGCGGCGUUAUUUGCCAUUGACAGGCUGUUUGAGGAGUGUUACGAACCUCGACCCGUGUUUAUCUCUGGCACUAUCGUGGAUAAGAGCGGCCGCACUCUCUCGGGUCAGACGGGCGAAGCGUUUGUCAUCAGCCUGUCUCACGCUCAGCCGCUGUGUAUUGGUCUGAACUGUGCUCUGGGAGCGAAUGAAAUGCGCCCGUUCAUUGAAGCGAUAGGAAAGAGCACGGGAGCGUUUGUCAUCUGUUAUCCAAACGCAGGGCUUCCCAACACAUUCGGAGGCUACGAUGAAACCCCUGACGUCACAGCGUCUCAUAUGAAGGAGUUUGCGGUGGAUGGUUUGGUGAAUAUUGUCGGUGGCUGCUGCGGAACGACACCUGAUCACAUCCGGGCGAUUGCUGAAAGCGUGCGUCACGUCAAACCCCGAGUUCCUCCUACAGACGUGUACGGUGAUUAUAUGCUGCUGUCAGGUCUAGAGCCGUUCAGGAUCGGCCCAUACACAAACUUUGUGAACAUCGGUGAGCGCUGUAAUGUCGCUGGAUCACGCAAGUUUGCCAAACUCAUCAUGGCUGGAAAUUAUGAGGCGACAGAGACGGAUCAGAAGGUGAAGAUCUGCUCUCGUGCGUAUCACCUGCUGAUCAGUCAGGCGGGCUUCAACCCCAACGACAUCAUCUUUGACCCCAACAUCCUGACCAUCGGCACCGGCAUGGAGGAGCACAGCAUGUACGCCGUCAACUUCAUCAGAGCCACGCAAAACAUCAAGGAGAGUCUGCCGGGCGCCAGGGUCAGCGGUGGUCUCUCCAACCUCUCGUUCUCCUUCAGAGGGAUGGAAGUCAUCAGAGAGGCCAUGCAUGGAGCCUUCCUCUACCACGCCAUCAAGGACGGCAUGGAUAUGGGAAUCGUGAACGCUGGUAAUCUGCCGGUGUAUGACGACAUCGAUAAAGAGCUGCUGCUGCUGUGUGAGAACAUCAUCUGGAACCGAGACCCAGAGGCCACGGAGAAGCUCCUGCUGUACGCACAGAAUCACACUAAAGGAGGGAAGAAAGUGAUUCAGACGGACGAGUGGAGGCUGGCCAGUGUGGAGGAGCGGCUGGAGUACGCACUCGUCAAGGGUAUAGAGAAGUAUGUGGUGGAGGACACGGAGGAGGCGCGCGCUCAGACCGACCGCUAUCCCCGACCCCUGCGCGUCAUCGAGGGCCCGCUCAUGAACGGCAUGAAGACCGUCGGAGAUCUGUUCGGAGCCGGGAAGAUGUUCCUACCUCAGGUGAUCAAAUCGGCCCGUGUGAUGAAGAAAGCUGUCGGUCAUCUGAUUCCCUUCAUGGAGAAGGAGCGGGAGCAGAUGAUGUCCGCCUCCGGCUGUACUGAGGAUGUGGACCCAUAUCAGGGGACGGUUCUGCUGGCCACAGUGAAGGGAGACGUUCAUGAUAUUGGAAAAAACAUCGUAGGUGUCGUGUUGGGAUGCAACAACUUCCGGGUCAUUGAUCUGGGAGUGAUGAUUCCUUGCGACAGGAUCCUGCGGGAGGCCAUUCACAACAAAGCAGACAUCAUCGGCCUGUCGGGUCUCAUCACGCCUUCACUGGACGAAAUGAUUCAUGUUGCCAAAGAAAUGGAGCGUCUGGGCUUGAAGACUCCUCUGCUGAUCGGUGGAGCCACAACGUCAAAGACUCACACUGCGGUGAAAAUCGCCCCGCGGUACAGCUCUCCCGUGGUUCACGUUCUCGACGCGUCCCGCAGUGUAGUAGUGUGCUCUCAGCUGCUGGAUGAAGGCAUCCGUGAGGAUUUCUUCGAGGAGAUCCGGGAGGAGUAUGAAGACAUCCGACAGGAUCACUACGACUCACUGAAGGACCGACGAUUCUUGUCUCUGAGUCGAGCUCGAGAGAAAGGCCUCCAUAUCGACUGGCUCUCUCAACCCAGACCAGUGCGGCCGCAGUUCUUGGGCACACGUGUGUUUGACACGUAUGACCUGCGUAAGCUGCUGGACUUCAUCGACUGGAAGCCGUUCUUUGACGUGUGGCAGCUGCGGGGGAAAUACCCCAACCGCGGAUACCCCAAAAUAUUCAAUGACAAAACCGUGGGAGGGGAAGCGCGGCGUGUGCAUGAUGAAGCUUUGAAGCUGCUGAACCGGUUGAUUGACAGCCGAGGACUGCAGGCCCGUGGACUUGUGGGAUUCUGGGCCGCUCAGAGUGACGGCGAUGACAUCCACCUGUACGCCGAUGAUGUCACGACACAAACCGCCACACCUGUCGCCACCUUCUACGGCCUCAGACAGCAGGCGGAGAAGGACUCCGCGAGCUCCGAGCCGUACCUGUGUCUGUCUGAUUUCGUGGCUCCUCGUGGCAGCGGCGUUCAGGAUUACGUGGGUCUGUUCACUGUGUCUGUGUUUGGAGCAGAAGAACUCAGUCAGAAGUUUCAGCAGCAGGGAGACGAUUACAGCAGCAUCAUGGUCAAAGCCCUGGCGGACCGACUCGCUGAGGUACACGCACUCUCUCUCACUCCGUCUCUCUGUGUUUGUCAUCAGGUGGAGGAUUACGCUCACAGGAAGCAGAUGGAGGUGUCGGAGGUGGAGCGCUGGUUGGGUCCGAUCCUGGGCUACGACACCGACUGAUGCUGAACCGCUCGGAUCAGGACGACACUGCAGAGAAAACUCAUUUUGUUUUGACGGUUUUGGCCCAGAUUAGGGAUUUUAAUAUCAAAGGGUCCAAAAAACACUUUUAUCUUUACACUACAGAGGUGCCACCUAGAGCGCUGCUUUUAAUUACAUUUCUAUUUUUAAUAAAACCGUGACAAGCACUUAUUUUAUUUUUAGGCCUGUAGGUUUUAUAAAUUGAUUUCUUAUGAGAUUUGAAGAAAAUAAUAGUACGAAAGACCAGCUGAAUUUACAGACUCCAGCAGAUCCUUUCAUUUCUCUUUGAUUGUGAUUUCAUCAUUUAAACUGAUCCGCUUUCAGUUCCUGAAGUCACUAGACGGUAAACACAGUAAAUUCAGUGACGUCUGUCAUUUAACUCUUCCUGUAGGUUUGACGGUUUAAAUUGACAUAAAUGAGGUCCAAAAGAGCAAACGGUCAGUUU